AUGUCCAAUAUCCACAUUGGAUUCAUUGAUACUUGGAAGCUCGCACAUAACGUGCCGAUCUCCCAGCGCAUCAAGGCUCCGAAAUUUUCUUUCGAGAACCUGGCUAGGAUCUUGAGCCGCGACCGACCCGUCAAGGAGAAACACCUGGCGGGAUCAGUCGCUUUUCCAGCAACACGAAGAAGCAAUUGGCCAAAGCACAUGAAAGACGCUGCAAGCAUGGGUUAUGCCAUGAAGAUCAUGGAGCGCGUGCUGAAGGAGAAAUCUCCUCCCAAGCAUUUCAACACCAAGACUGCAGGCGGAUACUCGUCCAUGUACGACGCAAUAUACAACUUUGCCACAACCAGUGCCGACGACUCAACCGAAGACAACGCGCCAUCAUAUGUCUCCAGCAGGAACGGCGAGCAGGGCGUUGAUGAGGGUCUGCAUGUAGAAAUGCUGACCACCGUCAUCGACCACAAACCCGGCAUCAUGGUCCUGGCCACAGGUGAUGGCGCCGAGGCAGAGUUCUCGCAGGGCUUCAAAUCAUAUGCGAUCCGCGCAAUGAAGCUCGGCUGGGACAUUGAGGUGUGCGCCUGGAGAAAGACGAUCUCGUCCGCGUGGAGCGAGUCCGCGUUUCUGGCCGAGUGGGGUGACCAAAUCCGGAUCAUCCACCUCGAUCCCUUCCUGGACGAGCUUGUUGCCGAAAUUGCGUGA